GGUGGCACAGCUGUUCAAUGUUAUAAAAUCAACCGGCAAAUUGUUUAGCCGUUCUUUUACUUAUUUGUUUAUUAAAAUAGCGUUUAAAGUGAUGAUUAUUAGAAGAAUUAAGUGCCUCAAAUACUUGGGAACUCGCUACAACAGUUCGCACUAUGUGACAACUCCCAUUUUCUAUGUAAAUGCAGCUCCUCACAUUGGGCACCUGUACUCAGCGGUCAUAGCCGAUGCCCAUUGUCGCUACCAGAGGCUAAGGUAUCCAGAGCUGGAUGUACGACUCUGCACGGGAACGGAUGAGCACGGCACCAAGAUCCAGCAGGCGGCAUCUCUUCACGGGGUGCCCGUUGCCAAAUACUGUGAUGAUAUAUCGCAGCGAUAUCGAGAGGUCUUCAGCAGUGCCAGCAUCCAGCAGGAUGACUUUAUUCGCACCACUGAGGAUCGCCACAAGCGGGCAGUGGCCAAUUUCUGGCGCACACUUUACACACGCGGCCACAUAUAUUCGGCAGCCUACAGCGGUUGGUAUUGCGUGUCUGACGAAACCUUCCUCACCGACUCCCAGCUGAGAUUAGACGAGGCCACUGGCACCCGAUACUCCCUGGAGUCUGGGCAUCCAGUCGAGUGGACCGAGGAAACGAACUAUAUGUUUCGACUGUCACAAUUUCAGGACGAUGUGCGUCAUUGGGUGAAAACGGAGGCUCGCAUACGUCCGGCCAAGUUCGAAAAGAUUCUGCUGGACACGCUCAGCGAACCACUGCCGGAUGUAUCGGUAUCACGUCCUUCUAACCGCGUACACUGGGCCAUUCCCGUUCCGGAUGAUGACUCGCAGACUGUCUACGUCUGGUUGGAUGCUUUAGUCAACUAUCUCAGCUCAGUCGGAUAUCCAGAUGAAAAGUUCUCUGUCCACUGGCCACCGGCGCAGCAAGUGAUAGGGAAGGACAUCCUUAAGUUCCAUGGCAUUUACUGGCCAGCUUUCCUCCUGGCUGCCGGCUUGGAACCUCCUGGACAGCUGUACGUUCACUCGCACUGGACCGUCGAUGGGCAAAAGAUGUCGAAGAGCAAGCACAACGUGGUGGAUCCCCUCAAGGCAGCGCAGCAGUACACCAUGGAGGGCCUGCGAUACUUCCUUCUGCGGGAGGGCGUGGCCCACAGCGAUGGCAACUACAGCCACGUAAAGGCGCAGCGCAUCCUCAACUCGGAGCUGGCGGACACCCUGGGCAAUCUGCUAUCGCGUGCCAGUGCCAAGUCGCUGAAUCCCGGCCAAAUCUAUCCAUCAACCAGCGCGGAGCACUUGGCGGAUCUCCUCCGGAGCCUGGAUGCGGCCAAACGCCUGCAGGAUUCGCUUCUGCAGCUGUCAGAGCGAUGCGCUUCGCAUUAUGAGUGCAAUCACUUCCACUUGGUGGCCGACACAACGAUGGCGGCUCUGCAUGCGGCCAACAACUUCUUCGAGAGCUCCAAGCCCUGGACGCUGAAGGCGGGAGCACCGGAUGGCAACCAGGCCCGUUUGGAGACCAUAAUCGCCAUGACAAUGAACGCGUUGCGGCUCAGCGGCAUUGUGCUGCAGCCCAUAAUUCCCCAGCUGGCCAACCGGCUGCUCGAUAAGCUGAGCGUCCCCACCGCGCAACGUGGCUGGAAUUACUUGGCCGAGAGUUUUGCCACCAGCCCCAACAGCUCCAACAGCAACCCGGGAUUCGGAGAGAGCCGUCAAUUGGAUGGGCAAACCAGUGCUCUGCUCUUCCAGCGGAUUCUCGAGGAGACGGCUGCGAAGGAAGUGAAGGAGCAGAAGCCGCAGCCAGCCAAGCGGAGCAAAUCGAAGAAGAAGGAGCGCCGCGAAACAAUGUCCUGAAGUGGCCGUAAUAAACUGAUUCCAAAGCCAAGCAUUUGUUCAUGGCGAGGGGUUAAUUAUGUCA